CUUAGCUGUAUACACAUCCGAUAAGUACCAACUAUGUAUACUACAUUGUAAAUAUUAUACAAUUUCCACAAUGUUUUGUUUUCACAAAAAUUUGUUAUUACAAACAAUUGUUCGUCAAUAUAGUUCGUCGAAAAAAGAUGCGAAGCCCAUACGAAAUUAUUUAAAACAAAACUCUAAAUUUUUGGAUUCGUUGAGAAUACAUGUGAAAGCUGGAACUGGUGGUUUUGGUUUUCCCCGGUAUGGUGGCGAGGGUGGUAAAGGAGGUGAUGUCUGCUUUAUAGCUACAGAAGGUAUGACACUGAAGGAUUUCCUGAAAAAAUAUCCACUAAAAAAAUUAUGUGCAGAAAUGGGUGGUAAUAGUCAUUCUAGACGUAUUCUUGGUCAAAUUGGCGAAGACAAAAAAGUAAAUGUACCUACUGGCAUCACUGUUUAUGAUGAUAAAAAUGUGUUAAUUGGCGAAUUAAACGAACCAGAUUCUGAAUUAAUAGUUGGUAAAGGUGGAGUUGGAGGCAACAAAACAAAUGGAUAUUGUGGUUUAAAAGGGGAAAGCAAAUCUAUUAAACUUGAACUUAAAUUAAUUGCUGAUAUUGGUCUUGUUGGUUUUCCAAAUGCUGGAAAAUCUACAUUGCUGAAAGCUAUUUCUAAUGCUAAACCUAAAAUUGCUUCUUAUCCAUUUACAACCAUAAGACCCAAUAUUGGUGUUAUGACUUACGACGACUUGCGACAAAUAUCAAUGGCAGACUUACCAGGACUUAUAGAAGGAGCUCAUUGUAAUAUUGGAAUGGGACAUAGAUUUCUAAGACAUGUAGAGAGGACAAAAUUACUUCUCCUUGUUGUUGAUAUCAACGGUUUUCAAUUAAAUCCCAAGCAUAAGUUUCGGUCAUGUUUGGAUACAGUAGUUUUACUAAAUAAAGAACUUGAGUUAUAUAAAGAAGAACUACUAGAUAAACCGGCUAUGUUAAUAAUUAACAAAAUGGACACGGAAGGUGCUAAUGAGAAAUAUUUAGAGAUCAAAAAUCAAUUAGAACAUUUAGAUGAUGCAAUUAUGUCAUAUUCUGAUGAAAUAAAACCAUCUAAAGCUAUUAAGUUUGAUAAAAUUUUAAAGAUAUCAGCUAAAGAUCAACCAGAUGAUGUUCAACGAGUAAAAUCAACGGUUCGUGAACUCUUAGAUAUCAAUGAAGAAUUAAACAAUAAUAUAGAAUACAAAUCUUUACAAAAUAUCAAAGACCAACUAAGGGAACGUGGUCCUGUGCUGAUCUAAAUUAAUGUACAUUUACUUUAUACUUUACUUUUGAUACCAGAAUAUGUUUAAUUAUUAUUAUUAUUAUUCUUUUUUUUUUUGUUCCUGGUUAAGAUUUUACGAAAAUAAUUCAAUGUUUUAUUAAAUUGUUGGUUCAUAAUAUUGUUUAAAACACGUUAUGUUAAAUUUUUGGGAAGUGGUAAAAAACUGGAAAAACACCGGAAUAAUGAAGUCACGGACACAUCCAACAUCCAUAAUUAACUUUAUGGUGUUUAAUAUGCAUUGAAAAC